ACGACUGGUGAGUUGAACGCUGUUAUUUUGUGUUUUGCAUUUCUUUGAUUGAUGAUUGUUCUUCACUUUCUGUUUCUGUAACACACAGUACAGAACGGUGUGUAGUGUUUUCUCUGAAGUGCGCAUUCUUGCACAGGUGGCGAGAUGCUUCAUUGGUUCGCAAGAAUGGGUUUGUUUGAGGUCCUCUGGAGACGUUUAACUGCGCUGCUUGUUCUCUAUAGAGCUAUUUGUGCCGAUUCUGCCAUUACCUGGGAAGUUCAGAGGUCCGACGGGUGGUACAAUAAUCUGGCAUAUCAUGGCCGAGGGGCAGCGAAUUCAGCUCUAGUGCGCCUCCUGCCGGCGCAGUACGCUGAUGGAGUUUAUCAGCCCCGACAGGAGCCGAACCUGCCCAACCCCCGCCGCAUUAGCAACACUGCCAUGAGUGGCCAGUCCGGUCUCCUGUCCCACAAAAACAGAACUGUUCUCUCUGUGGCCUUCGGUUAUCACGUAUGGUCCGAGAUCUCAGAAUCCCGACGACCCGGUUGCCCCCCUGAGUUCAUGCAUAUUGAAGUCCAAAAAGACGACCCUGUUUUUGGUUCCAACUCCUCAAAACCAGUCCUGCUUCCAUUUCAAAGAGCAGCAUGGGAUGACAGCACAGGAAAAAGUCCCAACAACCCCCGCGCACAGUUGAAUCAUGUGACUGCAUGGACGGAUGGCAGCUCCAUCUACGGAUCCUCCAGCUCUUGGUGUGACGCCUUGAGAAUGUUUUCCAGAGGGCUUUUGGCUUCGGGCUCUUCUCCGGAUAUGCCCAGACGGAGCAACAGUAGUUAUCUCAUGUGGAGCGCACCGGACCCCACAACAGGCCCUAGUUCACAAGAGCUCUUUGAGUUUGGAAAUGCCUGGGCCAAUGAGAACAUAUUCUCGGUCAUCGAGGGAAUCAUUUGGUUUCGUUACCACAAUCACCUGGCCUCCAAACUGCACGAGGAACACCCGUCAUGGUCAGACGAAGAGCUUUUCCAAGCUGCUCGAAAGACGGUUAUUGCAACAUUUCAGAAUAUAGCAUUUUAUGAGUGGCUGCCGGCCUAUCUGGGAAUUCAAGUUCCUUCUUAUUUAGGUUAUCAAAAAUAUGUGGAUCCAAGCAUCUCUGCAGAGUUUGAAGCGGCUGCCGUCAGGUUUGGACUGACUCUUGCACCGCCUGGUGUUUAUAAAAGGAACAGGACGUGUCACUAUCAAAAUGCAGUGAAUGUAGAUGGGAGUAAAUCUACAGGUCUGCGUUUGUGCAAUGCCUUCUGGAGCCGAAAUAACCCAAAUGUUCAGUCCGGUCAGGAUGUAGAUGAGCUGGUGAUGGGCAUGGCCUCUCAGAUCGCUGAGAGAGAGGACAACAUCGUGGUGGAGGAUUUGAAAGAUUAUAUGUACGGGCCCCUGCGGUUCUCACGAUCGGAUGCAGUGGCCUUGACCAUCCAGAGGGGGCGUGAUUUCGGGCUGCCCAGCUAUAAUCAGGUCAGAGAGAGUUUUAACAUUCGGCCGGUCGACACGUGGGAGGAGAUCAACCCCAAAUUGAAUAAUACACAGUUGCUGAAGGAGCUUGCAGAGUUGUACGAGAAUGACACUUCCAGACUGGAGCUGUUUGUUGGCGGGCUUCUAGAAGCUAAGGACGGACCAGGUCCAGUCUUCUCAGCCAUCAUCCUGGACCAGUUUGAACGCAUAAGGAACGCCGAUCGCUUCUGGUUUGAGAACAGACAAAACGGGUUGUUCAGUGAAGAGGAGAUCCAAGCCAUACGUAACACCACGUUUCACGAUGUUCUCCUAGAUGUCACCCGUGCGAAGGAGGGUGACAUUCAAAAGAACGUGUUCUUCUGGGUGAACGAUGAUCCUUGCCCCCAGCCUGAGCCAAUGAAAGCCUCCGAUCUUUACCCCUGCACACAGGCUACGUCUAUGAGUUUUUUUGACAGCAGUAGUAAAGCUGGUUUUGGCAUAACUGUGGUUGUGCUCUUCUUGUUUCCCGUUGUGAGCUUCAUAGUGGCUUGUGUGGUGGCUCAUCUCCGGUCAGCCAGAUACAAACGAUUCCAGAAGAAACUCAGAGGUUCCACCAGAGAUGAAGAACCCACACGUGGAAUUGCGGCCAAAGAAUGGCUGGGUCACAAUACUACACCACAACAGGUCACACUUGCCUUCAAUGAGAAGAAAGUGUUCCAGGUCUUCUAUGAGAGCAGAUCUCUGACAUCCCAUAACCUGUUUAACCAAGACCACCUGGAUGUACUGAUUUCCAAUGACCACCUGCACCGGGCUCUACUCUUGAAGAUCCCCAAAGAAUAUGAUCUGGUUUUGUUCUUUGAUGACGUAAAUAAGAGGUCAGAGUUUUUGAGUCACCUGCGCUCCGAGCUGGAUGGCAGAAUUCAGAGUCUGAACGUGACGGAAAUGAGUGAGAGAGAGAUAUUGAACGACGCUGUGACCAGAGAACAGAGAGAGAAGAUUGUGGAGACAUUCUUCAAACACGCUUUUGCAAAAGUUUUGGAUAUUGAUAAAAGUGAUGUAGGAGACCUUAGCAAGAGGACCCGAGAGGCUUUACAAUGUGAACUCACACACGCUGAAUUUGCCCGUGUGUUCGGUCUAAAGCCUGAUUCACUCUUUGUGGAGUCCAUGUUUACACUAGCCGACAAGGAUGGCAACGGCUACAUCUCCUUUCAGGAGUUCCUGGAUGUCAUCGUCAUUUUUAUGACCGGUACACCUGAGGAAAAAUCUAAGCUUUUGUUUUCAAUGCACGAUAUUAAAGGAGACGGUUUCUUGUCUAAGGAGGAGUUCUCUUCCUUGCUCAGGUCUUUCAUUGAGAUCUCUGGCGGUGCUCUGUCUAAGAGUCAGUUUGAUGAUGGUAUAGCGGUUAUGCUUCAGGCAUCUGGACUUGACAACAAAGAUCACUUCUCUUGGGAGGACUUCCACUUUUUACUGCGAGACCAUUCAGCUCAACUCAAUAUUAAAGGCAUGGAGGUACUUGGUAAGAAAAAACUAGCCAAACAACAGCGCAUAUCCUUCAUUGCGAAAAACAGUUCUCCAGCAGUUGAAGAUCUUCACAGCUCUGAGGGGCAUCAGGUCCACGAACUUCGUCAAAGACAGACCAAGAAGUUUGUUUUAAACAAUCCCAAAGUCUACGUAAAGCCUCAGAGAGAACGUUACAACAGGAACCCAGUGAAGCACGGGAUCCAACAGUUUAAACGCUUCGUAGAAAACUACAGAAGACACAUCGUCUGUAUUGUCAUUAUGUACGGGAUCAUAGCUGGACUAGCUUUGGAAAGAUGCUAUCAUUAUGGUUUGCAGGCCGACGGCAGUGGAAUCCCCGAGACCUCUUUGGUGGGCGUGCUGGUAUCUAGAGGUUCUGCCGCCGCCAUCUCCUUCCUCUUUCCCUACAUGCUGUUAACCGUUUGCCGUAACCUGAUAACGUUGUGCAGGGAGACGUUUCUCAACAGAUACAUCCCUUUCGACGCUGCCAUCGACCUCCACCGACACAUGGCUAUGGUGGCCAUCAUACUGUCAGUUGUACAUAGUUUGGGUCACGUGGUCAAUGUGUACGUCUUCUGUAUCAGUGACCUCAGCAUCCUCGCCUGUUUGUUUCCAAGAGUCUUUUCUGACAACGGGUCUGAGCUUCCGAUGAAAUGGACGUUUUGGUUUUUUAAGACCGUGCCAGGUCUUACUGGGAUCUUGUUGCUCCUGAUCUUCGCCUUCAUAUACGUCUUUGCCUCGCGAUAUUUCAGACGCAUUAGCUUCAGGGGAUUCUGGGUCACACAUUACCUCUAUGUGCUCGUCUAUGUGAUGGUGGUGAUCCAUGGCAGCUACGCUCUCCUCCAACAACCCCUCUUCCACAUCUACCUGAUCCCUCCCGGCCUCCUCUUCCUCCUGGACAAGCUCAUCAGUCUCAACAGGAAGAAGGUGGAGAUCCCAGUGGUGAAAGCCGAGCUGCUGCCCUCAGGUGUGACAUACCUGGAGUUUAAACGACCUCAAGGGUUUGUGUACCGCUCGGGACAGUGGGUACGUAUCGCAAGCCUGGAGCUUGGCACAGAUGAGUACCACCCUUUCACCCUGACCUCCGCACCACACGAGGAGACCCUCAGCCUUCACAUCCGUGCUGUCGGACCCUGGACCAGCAAACUCAGAGAGGUCUACACUCCUGAGAAACUCCAGGAGAUCAAAGGCUAUCCAAAGCUGUAUCUAGACGGGCCGUUUGGGGAGGGCCAUCAGGAGUGGACGGAUUAUGAGGUGUCAGUCCUCGUGGGCGCUGGGAUUGGGGUCACUCCCUUUGCCUCCAUCUUAAAAGACCUGGUCUUUAAAUCUUCUGUCAAGUGCAAAUUUCAUUGUAAAAAGGUGUAUUUUAUUUGGGUGACACGGACUCAGCGUCAGUUCGAGUGGGUGUCAGACAUCAUAAGAGAGGUGGAGGAGAUGGACACUCAUGAGCUGGUGUCCGUGCACAUCUACAUCACUCAGCUGGCUGAGAAGUUUGACCUCCGCACCACCAUGCUGUACGUCUGCGAGCGUCACUUUCAGAAGGUGUGGAACCGGAGUUUGUUUACUGGUCUGAGAUCUAUAACCCACUUCGGUCGGCCACCCUUUGUGGCUUUUCUCAGCUCGCUACAGGAAGUACACCCCGAGGUGGAAAAGGUCGGCGUCUUCAGCUGUGGUCCUCCCGGUUUGACCAAGAAUGUUGAGCAAGCUUGCCGACAAAUGAACAAACAGGACCAGACUCAUUUUGUUCACCACUAUGAGAACUUCUAGAUCGUCUAUUGUGAAAAUACUCGACGUCAGACUAUAAAAUUGUUCAACAUUCUUUCUUCAAUAGCGAUACCUUGUAACGUGAUCAGCAAACCUGGAAAUGCUUCAUAGCUUUGGAAUGUUUGUCUGCCGCGACACAUAGGCCACACGAUAAAGAAAUCUGUUCAUGCCGUGAAAUGCUGUUUAUAAAGCAUUUAUAAACGUAAUGAAAGAGAAACGUUAAUCAAUUACUUCAUCUCUCUCAUUGAUUCUCUUUACAAAUACAUGAAUGCAUAUUAUUAAAAAUUAUAUAUUUCGUGUAAUGGUCGAUCCAUAAAUGAAAUAGCAAUACAUACUGUAAUCUCGCUUGCCAAAACUGCACUGUAAAACUUUGCUGUAAUUUCACAGCAGGUUUGCCAGUAACUUACUGUAGAUUUUUGUACAAUUUUGUUUUAAGCAUAAACUUACCUAGUUUAUAUAUUUUCUUUUAUAAAACAAGACCAAAUAUCUUGGGUCACUUUUUUGUUAUGUAAAUGUAUCGUAAUUUAAGAAGUUUUCCAUAUUUUUAAAGAAAACAAGAGAAAAAUGCUUAGGAAGAAUGUCCUUUUUUUGCAGUGUUGCUGUGCUAAUGCCAGUCUCUUCUUGCUCAUUUUGAAUCUCAAAAGUCAAGUGUUUUAAUUUUGAUUAAAGUAAUUGAAAACAGUACUAAUUGGAAAGUAUAUUAAGUAGUAAUUAAAUCUACAGUAAGUUACUAGCAAACCUGCUGCAAAAACUACAGCAAUGUUUUACAGUGUGAUGGUCAGUGUUGGGUAAGUUACUCUGAAAAAGUAAUUAAUUACUAGUUACUAAUUACAUAUUCAAUAGUGUAAUUAGAUUACUGUACAAAUUACUCUCUCCAAAAAGUAUUUAGUUACUUAUUACUAAUUACUUUCUAUGUCCUACAUCAACCUUGAUUAGUUAAGUGAUUCAAGGAUAGACAUGAAACGGCUUAUUUAAUUCAUUCAAAUAAAUAAUAUUAAACUGCAUAAAGUAGUUUUAACUGACUAAAGUAUUACAAAUGUGAGAAUUAUACAUUAAAGCAGGGAUUUUAAAGUUAGACUUUGAAUUUUGAUGUCAAUUCCACUAUUGCACACACAUGUACUACACAGAGUAUUUAGUUUAAUUACAUCAAAAGUAACUGUAAUUAAAUUACAGAAAAAUAAGAAUAAUCCCUUACUUCACUUUUUCAAGGGAAAAGUAAUUAAAUUACAGUAACUAAUUACUUCGUAACUAGUUACACCCAACACUGGUGAUGGUUGCCUUAAAUUUUUAAGUAUAAUCAAAUUGUCUGUACAAAUCAUUUCAACUUACUAUAUUAAGUUUUGGCUAGUUGUAAGUUGCUGUAACUAGUUAGUUUUAGUUUUUUAAAGCUGUUGUGUAAAAAAUAUAUGAUUCCAUGACUUACAGAUCACAUAAUUCUUUACGAUGU